CGCUUCGUUUGGUUUAAUUUCCUUUUUCAUUUUUCAAACAUUGCAAAAACCCGCACAAGAACCUGAAACCUUGUUGUAGUUGUUUAUGUUCUUAGAAUGAAUCGUGCGUUGCUUCCAAAACAUGUUGCAGCUGUAGUGAAAGUACAAAAUGAUCCACUAAAAGCAUUAGAAAUCUUCAACUCAUCAAAAAACGAACAAGGAUUCAAACACACUCUCUUCACCUACAAAUCCAUGCUUCAAAAACUUGGCUUCCAUGGUAAAUUCAACGAGAUGGAGAAUCUUCUCUCUGAAAUGAGAUCAAAUCUCGAUAACACAUUGUUAGAAGGAGUUUACGUUGAAGCCAUGAGAUUCUACGGAAGAAAAGGAAAAAUUCAAGAAGCUGUUGAUACAUUUGAACGCAUGGAUUUAUUCAACUGUGACCCAUCUGUUUAUUCUUAUAAUGCUAUUAUGAAUAUUCUUGUUGAGUUUGGUUAUUUUAAUCAAGCUCAUAAGGUUUAUAUGAGGAUGAAAGAUAAAAAGGUUGAAUCAGAUGUGUAUACUUAUACUAUAAGGAUUAAGAGUUUUUGUAGAACGGGUAGGCCUUAUGCUGCUUUGAGGCUGCUUCGGAAUAUGCCGGUGCUGGGUUGUUUUUCAAAUGCUGUUGCUUAUUGUACUGUUGUUACAGGGUUUUAUGAAUUUGGUGAUAAUGAUCGAGCUCGCGAGUUGUUUGAUGAAAUGCUUGAGUGUUGUUUGUGUCCUGAUGUUACUACUUUUAAUAAGCUUGUUCAUGCGUUGUGUAAGAAAGGUUUUGUUUUGGAAAGUGAGAGGCUUUUUGAUAAGGUUUUGAAGAGAGGGGUUUGUCCGAAUUUGUUUACUUUUAAUAUCUUUAUACAAGGUCUUUGUAAGGAGGGUUCGCUUGAUAGGGCUGUUAGGUUGUUGGGCUGUGUUUCGAGGGAAGGAUUGAGGCCGGAUGUUGUUACGUAUAAUACAGUUAUAUGUGGGUUGUGUAGGAAGUCACGGGUUGUUGAAGCGGAGGAAUGCUUACAUAAAAUGGUUAAUGGUGGAUUUGAGCCGAAUGAUUUUACUUAUAAUAGUAUUAUUGAUGGAUACUGUAAAAAGGGGAUGGUAGUGGAUGCAAAUAGGAUUCUGAAAGAUGCGGUUUUCAAGGGUUUUAAGCCAGACGAGUUUACCUAUUGUUCCUUAGUUAAUGGUUUUUGCCAGGAUGGUGACCCUGAUCAGGCUAUGGCUGUCUUUAAGGAUGGGCUAGGAAAAGGUUUAAGGCCGAGCAUUAUUGUUUACAAUACCUUGAUUAAAGGGUUAUGUCAGCAAGGUCUGAUUUUGCCGGCUUUGCAAUUGAUGAAUGAGAUGGCAGAAAAGGGUUGUAAACCUGAUAUAUGGACUUAUAAUUUAAUUAUAAAUGGCCUGUGCAAGAUGGGUUGUUUAUCUGAUGCUAAUCAUCUUAUUGGUGAUGCUAUAACCAAAGGAUGCAUCCCAGACAUAUUUACAUACAACACUUUGGUUGACGGCUAUUGCAGACAGUUGAAGUUAGACAGUGCAAUUGAGUUGGUAAACAGAAUGUGGAGUCAAGGUAUGACUCCUGAUGUUAUCACAUAUAACACUUUGUUGAAUGGACUGUGCAAAACUGCAAAGUCCGAAGAAGUAAUGGAGAUUUUCAAGGCGAUGACGGAGAAAGGAUGUGCUCCAAACAUAAUUACAUAUAACACUAUCAUAGAAAGCCUUUGCAAUUCUAAGAAAGUAAAUGAAGCUGUUGAUUUGCUUGGGGAAAUGAAAAGCAAGGGCUUGACACCCGAUGUUGUUAGUUUUGGCACAUUAAUCACAGGUUUCUGCAAGGUUGGGGAUCUUGAUGGUGCUUAUGGGUUAUUUAGAGGGAUGGAGAAACAAUAUGAUGUUUCUCAUACGACGGCAACCUAUAACAUCAUAAUUAGUGCAUUUUCUGAACAGCUCAAUAUGAAAAUGGCACUAAGACUCUUCUCGGAGAUGAAGAAAAAUGGUUGUGACCCUGACAACUAUACUUACCGGGUCUUAAUUGAUGGCUUUUGCAAAACAGGAAAUGUUAAUCAAGGAUACAAAUUUCUAUUGGAAAAUAUUGAAAAAGGAUUUAUUCCAUCUCUGACAACAUUUGGUCGGGUUUUAAAUUGUCUUUGCGUGGAGCACAAGGUUCAAGAAGCAGUUGGUAUCAUCCACCUUAUGGUACAGAAGGACAUUGUCCCAGAUACUGUAAAUACAAUUUUUGAAGCUGAUAAAAAGGUGGUAGCAGCACCUAAGAUUGUUGUAGAACAUUUGUUGAAAAAGGGUCAUAUAACUUAUCAUGCCUACGAAUUCUUGUAUGAUGGUGUUAGAGAUAAAAAGAUACUUAAGAAAAAACAUCCAAACUGGAAUUCUCUUCGCCGUGAGCCCAGGUCAUCAGCUGCUGAUUAUAAGACAAUAUCUUUAGAAAAUGAUGAUUCCUGAUCCUAUGCUUGUGUCCAACUUCCAAGGACAUUCUUUGCUUCCAGCAGACACCUUUAAUAAUGGAUGUUUGGUGCUUCUGGUAGACACCUAUUCUGGUGAAUUGCAUGAACUUUUGAACAAGAAGAGUUUAUUGUCAGCUAGUGUAGGUUUGUCAGCAGGAUGGGUGCUUUCAAGCCCAAUGUUGUCAAGAUCACAUUGAAGUCUUCAAGCCUAUCAACUGUAGACAAAGGUGUGCAAAUUGCAAUUUGCAACAGAAUGCUACAUGUGUUUUAUGUAAAGAAUUAAGAAGAUUAUGGCGCCACCCAUACUUAAGUCUUCACACAGAAGAAAGAAAGAUAGGUUUACUCCCCAUAGUACAGAACCCAGAAUUCUUUUUCUUCAGGGAUAUCCAACCAAAUUUGCAUCAUCUUGAUGUCAAAAUGAUAAUGCUUUUGCAUACUUGCAAGCAAAACGUGAUGUGCAUCGACUUGAUGCCAAAACAUGCUACUUCUUUGAGAUUGCUAAGAAGGUUCUGAAUAUUCAUAAAGAGCAGGCAUCAAGAAGCUAACAAGACGUGGCUCUUUCUUUUUAUUUGUAACUGGUGGAAACUCACAUGUAUACUCUUAUGAUAUGUAUUUAGUAGUUAUUUAAUUAAAGUAGUUCUUGUCUA